ACCUGUUAAGCUCCUCUGUACCAUGCCUUAAUUUCUUCCCCAGAACCCAGGAAGCUGGGAUAGUUCUCUGGCGGGUGAGACCAAGCUCCAGAGAACUACAGCAGGCAGGAAGCUCUUGGCUUGGAACCCAGGUCUCAGUUCCUGGCCACCUGCCCGCCGGAUGGUAGAACCCGGGCCGUCAUCAUCUUCCUUACCACCUCAGCCUUCAGGUCCCAAAGGCAGUUUCUGUGCCGUUCUGGAGAGAAUCCUGUCAGUGGGAGCCGAUGCAGCCCUGCCCCUUUGAAGUAGAAGUGUGAGGAAUUCCGUUGACAUAAAGGAGAGUUUCCUUCCAGUCAGGGUGGGUAGUUGGGGAAAUUCUCUUUUCCUGAAAACCAUUGGGAACUGAAGAUCUUCCUCUUCUGCCUGGACCAGGGCCGCAGCUGGCAAGAGAUGAUUCCAGCCAUCGGACAACCAGGGGCUCCCUCCUUCCAGAGCAGCAGUUACAACCUCCCCAGACCUGUUUCCUCAACUUGAAAACUGAGAGGCUGAUUUUAAUAAUUUCUAAGUAGAGAAUCCUAAAAAUCAUUUAUUACACAUCUACUAUAAGCCCGUCGCGGUAAUGGAUAUUAAGAAGGAGGCAGAGAUUUCUCUCCCUUCACACACCCACAUGAAACACGUAUAUCUUUUUACUGUUUUUCUUCACACUAAUACAUAACAUAUUGUAAUAUCAUUGAUUAAAUAACACCGUUCAGAGGAAGAAAACAAAAGAACUACCUCCAUUACUAAACGGAUACUUGAACGUGAGCUUCAGAGCAGGGAUUUUUGUGUUUUGUUUCCUGAUUGAGUCUCAGGCUGAAGCGGCUGGCACGUUGCAGGCGUUCGACAGCUAUUUGCUGAAUGAAUGAUUGAUUUUGAACAUGUACUCUGAUUUGAGAAAUGUAAAGGCGUUUAAGGAAAGAAAAAGUGCGUCUGAGAUUCCAGGAGAUGCGAUACUUGGGAUGGCAGGGCAGGGACCCAGCCCGUGCUGAUGCCCUGGGAGGCCUCCAAGGAUGGAGAGUGGCCUGGCUGGCGGCAGCACAGGAAAUGGACUAGUGAUGAAGAUCAAGCAAGAGAAGCAAGAGUGGCUGCUUCAGGCACUGGUGCCUCAGGCCAUGCUUUCAGAGAAAGAUAAGGAAAACGUUUUCCAGCAGCAUCAGGGCUUCCUGCCAUGCCAGACCAUGGGGAAGGCUCGAGCCUUGGGGGGACAAGAGGAGACUGGGGUUCCGAGGCAGGCCCCUUCCACCGAGCAGGAUGGGGGGCUGGUGGGCCGAGCUUCGGUGGCAGCUCCCACUUCCCCAAGCUCCCAGCUUUCUGCCAGCGAGGGUCACUUUGUGUGCCUGGACUGUGGGAAGAGGUUCAGCUGGUGGUCGUCCCUGAAGAUCCACCAGCGCACCCACACUGGGGAGAAGCCGUACCUCUGCGGCAAGUGUGGCAAGAGCUUCAGCCAGAAGCCGAACCUGGCGCGGCACCAACGGCACCACACGGGCGAGCGGCCCUUCUGCUGCCCCGAGUGCGAGAGGCGCUUUAGCCAGAAGCAGCAUCUGCUCAAGCACCAGAAGACCCACUCUCGCCCCGCCACACACUCGUGCCCUGAGUGUGAGCGCUGCUUCCGCCACAAGGUCGGCCUCCGCAUCCACCAGCGCGCUCAUGCUCGAGACCGCCAGCUGGCCAGAGGCGAGCUGCAGAAGCUGCUCAGAGACAAGGUGGCCCACAAGGCCUGUCGCCUGCGGCCAGUGCCCCGGGACCUGGCAGAAUGGGCCUGGCUGGGGCUCUGUCAGGGGUGGUGGAACAAGCCAGGGGCCCGGCCCGGGGUCCCUGUCCCCUCAGGGCCCGGUGAGCAGCGCCAGUUCAUCUGCAACGAGUGUGGCAAGAGCUUCACCUGGUGGUCGUCACUGAAUAUCCACCAGCGCAUCCACACGGGUGAGCGGCCGUACCCGUGCCCCGAGUGCGGGCGCCGCUUCAGCCAGAAGCCCAACCUGACGCGGCACCUGCGCAACCACACUGGCGAGCGGCCCCACCCGUGCCUGGACUGCGGCCGCAGCUUCCGCCAGAAGCAGCACCUGCUCAAGCACCAGCGCACGCACCUCGCGGGCGAGAAGGCCGCCCUGUGCCCCAGCUGCGGGAAGAGCUGCCCCAGCCGGGCGGCGCUCCGAGCUCACCAGAGGGCCCACGCCGCCGCGGAGCUGCUCCGGGGUGUGGGCUGUCUCCGGCCUGCCGGAGCACAUGGGGAGCUGGGACCAGGCUCUAAGCAGUUGUCAGAGGCCCCUCUGGGCUUCUCCACCCCACUGCUAAGCCCCCAGCAGCCACAAGGGACUGGGGCGAUGGUGUGGAGCAGGGUGCAUGGGGGCAUGGCCCGGGCAGGAGAGCAGGUUCCCCCGGCUGGGCCCGGCGAGCAGCGCCAGUUCAUCUGCAACGAGUGCGGCAAGAGCUUCUCGUGGUGGUCGGCGCUCACCAUCCACCAGCGCAUCCACACGGGUGAGCGGCCGUACCCAUGCCCCGAGUGCGGGCGCCGCUUCAGCCAGAAGCCCAACCUGACGCGGCACCAGCGCAACCACACGGGCGAGCGGCCGUACCUGUGUACCGCCUGUGGCCGUGGCUUUAGCCAAAAGCAACACCUGCUUAAACACCAGCGGGUUCACCGGGGAGCCCUGGCUUCCACCCCCAGCGCCAAGGAGGAGGCACUUUAGUGGACCCUUGACCCAAGCAGACCUCCUGAUGGUAGUGGUGGAGAUAGUGGUGGUGGAUGUUUGGGCAUGUGUGUGUGUGUGUCUGUGUGUAGAAAUGAGUAAUGGCCAGGAAUGGUUGGUUUUUAGAAGCCUAGGUGUACGAGACCCCUCAAAAAGUGUACUCCUCAAUGCUCUGAAGACCUGAGAACAGCAUUUCAGAGGCAUCCAAAAGGGUGUCCAGGAAAGGUCCCAAGAAGUGCUGAGGGCUGAGGGAGGAGGUCUGGGUGAGAUGGAACAUUCUGACCCUGGAGCCUGGAUGUGCCAUGGUGAGCUAAGGCCCUCUCUGUAUACCUCCUCCAAGGUGGGGUUCCUGGGGGAGGACAGUUGCAGGCUUAGUUAGGGGCUUACUAGUGUGAGUGAAGUGGCCCAGCUCUGGACUGGUCAGCUGUAGCAUUGGCCUGUCCCACUCAGCCUGUGGGAUGGCCAGGGCCUGUCCUGGGUGAGAGAGUCAGUCAGACUCAGUGAUACCAAGGACUGGAAGCCAGAAGCUGUGCAUAGGUGUAUUCCCCACACCAAGAGUAGUGCCCAGCACUUAAUGGCCAUUCAGUAAAUAUUUUUGGAAGGGUGAAUGGUUAGAUGGUUCUUCUCCAGCCCUGAGUGCUCCAUUGCCCAGGAUGCUGUGUGUAUGCAGGCCUGAACCUAGGACUGGCAUGUGUGUGGGUGAUAGGCCCAAAGGGGAUGGACUCGGCUGAGGUGUGGUGGCACGGGGAGGUACCUAGCAGCAGGAGAUGGCCACAUACGCUGCCCUAACCCAGUGAUCUGGAGGGCAUGCCUGAACUGGGACGAUGGACUGUGACUUACUUGGAUGCUUACCAAUCCCAUGGUUUCAGAAGAGCAAAAUGAAGGAUCAAAUACUUCA